AUGUGUGAGGCAGCUGACACAGAAGUUAAGUCCUUCUCCUUCGACCACGUUGUGACUGUGGACAACAUACAGAGUUUCCACCCUGAGCUCCUGCAGCCUCUCACUGAGUCCAUAUCUGGUGGUUAUAAUGGAGCGCUGCUGAUAUGUGGAGGAGCUUCAUUGGAGAAUAUGACCCCUCUGAUUGACCACAGCAUUAUCAAACAGGUCUUGACAGAUCUGUUUAGUCGUGUGUUGUCACAAGUGAAAGAGGAGCUGUUCAUCUCUGUGUCGUUCCUUCAGUUUUAUCCAGACGGCAGUGCUGUGGAUCUUCUGAGCCCCAACAGAGAGACUCUAAAACGUGUGGCACACCCCGUCCUUGGAAGUCUCAUAGGAGGUUUAUGUGAGGUGUGUGUGUGUUCAGCAGAAGAAGCCUACACUCUGUAUGAAACAUGCAGGGACACACUGAAGGCCAAUCCAGGCUCCAUUUCCAGCAGAUGUAGUUCCCUGUUCUCUGUAGCUGUUGAGUGGAAACUCCAUCCAGAAGAGGUGGAGUCAGACGUUUGCCGCAGCAGACUGCAGCUGUUCAGCCUGGCAGGAGGUGCGAGCAGGACGGACCUCCGAGGAGUCAGCCCACUGGUGAAGGUGGUGGAGGAAACCCAAAGUGAAGCCACAACUAGUGACAAGAUCCUCCCCUCCCUCCUAAAUGAUGCGCUAACAGGAAACAGCAGGACGGUGCUCGUCUACUGUCUCCACCCUCAGGGUGUUUUAGACGAUGAAACCCCCUCCGCUUUAGCUUUGGCCCAGACAGUAAGAAGUUUGGUAACUAAGGCCUCUGUUAACCGCUGGUUUCCAAGGGCAACAGAGCAAAUGAUCAGAGACAGCAUCGUGGAUCAGAGAGCCGUCAUGAUGUCACAGGGGGGAAAUGACGUUCACAACACCAUCAGGCUAGCUGAGCUGACCCAAAACCUGCAGAUUGUGAAAGAUCAGUCCUGGGAGAAGAGAAGGGAAGAGUCAAAGAAAAUAAAAGACAAAACACAGAGUUGUCGAACCCCGAGUAUCCAUUUGCACAGCAGAGAUAGUAGAGAGAGUACGAACAACAUGAAACAUUUACAAAUCCAACUGAAACAAGAAAUGGAAAAACAUAUCAGAGAGGGUAAAGGGAAUGUGGAGAAAGUGCAGGAGAGAGUAGCAAGAAUCCAGCAGCUGAGGGAGGCUCUGAGAGAGGAGACGCUGAAGAACGGGGCCUCGACUGAGAAAUCUGACCUCUGUCAACAAUCUGAGUUGGAGUACAGCAAAGCACAGGAACGGAGGACACAACUUAAAGAGGACCACGGGAGAUUAAUUCAGGAGGAGGUGGAGAAGAUGGAGAGAGACUUGGCUCAGGAACAGCUACCGACAGAAGGCCCCCGGAGAGAGCUACUGGUGCUGAGCGGAGAGAGGAGGGUCCUGGUGCUGCAGAUGGAGGCCCUGCGCGACGAGGCCCAGCAGGCUGAGACCGACCUGCAGAAUCUAUAUCAGAAACACCAAACAGAGCUGCACUGUCUCAGAGAAGAGAGCCUGCAGGUUUUCAGAGUGUUUCGUCAGGUGUGUGAGGAGCAGAGGAGGAUGUCUGAGCACAGGUACCGGAGCGUGCUGCUGGAGGCGGUGCAGGACGCCGUCUACCUGUCGGCCCAGAACCAGCAGCUGCAGGCGGACAACAGACAGCUCCGUAAAGCACUCGGAGAGUUAAAGGAUACUCUAGCUGUGCGAGGUGAUCCUACUGCUGAACUGUCAUCACAACUACAAUAAAUAUAUGAAUUAAAA